CCCAAGCGGCGGUUUCAUGGCGGCCGUGGAGGUGGCGGUGGCGGCCGCUUCCCAGGCUUGAGGGCUCCUGAUUCCUAAAGGUUGUUUUGGAGCAGCUGCCUCCUAGCCAGCAUCUUGGAGGAUGUAGGGAUAAUAAGUAAGUAGAUCAUCAGAAGAGCUACAGACUGCCUCUCCAGGAUGGAUGAAAAUAGUGUGGAAGCUUCCAUCCAGACCUACCAUGUCCAACUGCAGCAAGUGGAGCUGGCCCUGGGGACUGGCUUGGACCCUACUGAAAAGGCUGACUUGCUUCAGCUCCAGGCUGAUUUAAAGCAGCUGAUUGAGCUAACUGAGUCCAGCCUUGUGUCCAUCAAGAAGAGCAAGCUCCUGGCCACACUGGACCCAAGCCUUGGCCUAAUUGAGAGUGCAGUUAGAGAUGAAGCUGAGUAUUUGGCUUUCCAGAAUGCCAUCCGUGAAGUGACAGGAGAUUCUGAGACUCAGGGUGCUGAAACUGCAACCUCUCCCAAAAGAGGAGAAACUGAGCCUGACAGAGCUGGGCAUGAAGAGGAAGAAGAGGAAGAGUUGAGUGGGAUGAAGGUGAAUGCUCCCUACUACAGUUCAUGGGGCACUCUGGAAUACCAUAAUGCCAUGAUUGUGGGGACAGAGCACUCUGAGGAUGGCACAGCAGGGGUUCGUGUGCUUUAUCUCUACCCAACUCACAAGUCCCUAAAGCCCUGUCCCUUCUUCCUGGAGGGUAAAUGCCGAUUCAAAGAGAACUGCAGGUUCUCCCAUGGGCAAGUAGUUGCUGUGGAUGAGCUUCGUCCCUUCCAGGAACCAGACCUGAGUGCCCUGCACACAGGCUCGACCUGUCUAGCUAAAUAUGAUGAUGGAAUUUGGUACCCAGCUCGGAUCACAGAUGUGGACAGUGGCUACUACACUGUCAAGUUUGACUCACUGCUUCUCAAAGAGACUGUGGUGGAGGGGGAUGGUAUUAUGCCUCCUCUACGUAGUGAAGACAGUACACCUUCAGAGUCUGAUGGAGAUGAUGUGGAUGAUUCCAGCUAUGCCAAAGUUGUGGAGUCAGAUGCCUUGGAGAAAGGAGAUUGGGGCCCUGCUUGCAGCUCCUCCUUCGCUGGCUGGGAGGCACAUACCCGUGGCAUCGGUUCCAAACUUCUCGCUCAAAUGGGCUAUGAGUUUGGCAAAGGUCUUGGAAAGAAUGCUGAGGGCCGAGUAGAGCCCAUCCACGCUGUGGUGCUUCCAAAGGGGAAGUCCCUGGAUCAGUGUGCUGAAAUUCUCCAGAAGAGAACAAGCAGCAAACCAGACCUAGGCAAGCCAAGGAAAAGCCAGGCAAAGGGGAAUGGAGCCAAGGGACGCCCACCCCAACGCAAUGUAUUUGAUUUCCUAAAUGAGAAACUACAAGGCAAGGCUCCUAGGGUCCAAGAAGAAGGGAAGGUCACCUCCCUUAAGAGGAAUAGCAAGGAGCUCUACCAUGCCAGCAAGAGCACCAAGCGAUCCCUGAGUGUACAGCUCUUCCAGAUCCUGGAGAAGGUGGAGCAAACUCAGAGAGACAUCCGAAGUAUACAGGAAGCCCUGGCCCGGAACAUUGGCCGGCAUAGUGUGGCCACAGCCCAACUGGAAGAGAAGUUGGCCGGAGCCCAGAAGGAGCUGAAAAAUCUCCGGGCCCAGGAGGCAGGUUUGCAGCGGGAACAGAAGACUGCUGACACACACAAGAAAAUGACAGAGUUUUAGUGCUGAAGUGGGAGUUCUCUCCUGGUUCCUGAGUCUUUCCUUCCCCCUUUCUCCACCCCCCCUCUUCCCCCAAUAGUGGGUAUGUCCCAGACCAGAAGGCCCUUCAUUCCUAUCCUCUGCUCCUAGACCCCAGGGUUCUUGAGGGGGGAGUCCCCACUAGGGAGGCCAGCACCAUCCUUUGUGAGCUCUGCUUCAGCCUCUCUAACUUGAGACCCCUUCUUUUGGGCCACGGAUAUGGAUUUUAAGGGAUUGGGGUUCAGGACUAGCUGGAGGCUCCCAGGUAAUGGGCUGGCUAGAGCCAUAGCUUCUGCCUCCUGAGCUACCAGUCUUGGGGACCUGAAUUGAACCUGCUUUAAAUGGACCUAGGAAAUUGAUCAGAUCACCUUUUCCCGUACUUCCCCAGAGCCAGACUCCCUCCUAGCCUCACCUGUCAGCCAGUUUGUGGCCUCCACUCUACAGAAGGGUGCAGCCUGAGGCAUGUUAGGAAGGUCAGGUGUCAUUCUUCCCCCUCUCAAAAAUACCCCUCCCCCCCCAAAGAGUAGAUGGAACAGGAGAGGAGGCCCCAGGGUAGCAGGGCCUACAGACCAAGGUCUCCUUCACUGUCCUGGCGACCUGUCCAAACACAGACAGAGCUGUGCCAAUGGUGCUGCAACUCGGGGCAGCCUCUUUGAAGGGGGAUUGGGGAGGGAUACUUUUCUUGACACUUGUUUUCCAGUUUGUUCUGCCACAAGGCCUUAGGAAGGAGUUUUUCUUAAAAAUGAUUAAAGUGACGUUGUUGCUGUGUCA